CUUCUCUCCGUCCUCAGCCGUCAUUGGUCGUUUCUCGCCGUCGUCGAGGUCACCGGCAAACAUGGCAGCGUGCGUGCGAGCACUGCGGGGCUGCGCGCGCCUGCCUGUGUCCGCGAGCUCGCGGCGCUGCUCCGCUUUGUCGCGCGCUCGCGGUCAGUACACAUCGCAGAAGGUGCGACGGACGUUUAUCGAGUUCUUCACGGAGCAGCACCGACACCGGGCGGUGCCGUCCGCACCCGUGCGGCCGCGCGGAGACCCCAGCCUGCUGUUUGUGAACGCUGGGAUGAACCAGUUUAAGCCCAUCUUGCUGGGCUGUGCUGACCCCCGCAGUGAGAUGGCAUCCUACCAGCGGGUGGUGAACAGUCAGAAAUGCGUGCGUGCUGGAGGUAAACACAAUGACCUGGAUGACGUGGGCAGAGACGUUUACCACCACACCUUCUUCGAGAUGCUCGGCAACUGGUCCUUCGGCGACUACUUCAAGGUAGAAGCUUGCGCGAUGGCCUGGCAUCUGUUAACGGAAGUGUACGAAAUUCCCGCGGAGCGCCUGUACGUCUCAUAUUUCUCCGGAGACGCAGCGAGCGGCCUGCCCGCAGACGAGGAGACGCGGCACAUCUGGCUCAGUCUGGGACUGCGUCCAGAUCACGUGCUCCCAUUUGGAAUGAAGGAUAACUUCUGGGAGAUGGGCGAGACGGGACCAUGUGGCCCCUGCACCGAGAUUCACUAUGACCACGUGGGCACCCGAAAUGCUGCCGCGCUCGUCAACGCAGACAGUCCGGAUGUGGUGGAAAUCUGGAACUUGGUGUUCAUGCAGUACAACAGAGAGGGCGAUGGAGGGCUGCGUGCGCUGCCCCAGUGCAGUGUGGAUACGGGGAUGGGGCUGGAGAGGCUGCUUACCGUGCUGCAGGGCAAACGCUCCAACUAUGACACUGACCUGUUCACCCCACUACUGUCUGCUAUCCACCAGUGCAGCAGAGCCCCUGCGUACAGCGGCCGGACAGAGCAGACUGAUGCAGGCAGAGUGGACAUGGCGUACCGUGUGGUGGCGGAUCACGUCCGCACACUGUCUGUGUGUAUCGCUGACGGAGUGUAUCCUGGGAUGACCGGAGCAGAGCUGGUCUUGCGGCGAAUACUCCGCCGUGCUGUGCGCUUCUCCACGGAAGUGUUGCAUGCUCCCGAGGGUGCGUUGGCCAGCCUGGUGCCCACUGUGGCCCACAUACUGGGUGAUGCUUAUCCUGAACUGCAUGCAGAAACUGGCAGGAUCAUGGAGAUAAUUAAUGUAAACGAGGCUCAGUUCCUCUCCUCCCUGAAGCAGGGCAGGAGAGUGAUUGACAGGACGCUCAGUAAGAUGGACAGAGACGCUGUCAACUUUCCAGCUGCUGUGGCCUGGUCCCUGCACCGAAACCUGGGUUUCCCCCUCGACCUCAUAGACCUGAUGCUGGAGGAGCGCAACAUGGCUGUGGACAAACACGGAGUGGAGCAGCUGGCAGCCGAACAGGAACAGUUGCAGAGUCAGUCUGAGGGUGGUGCUGAAGAGAGGGGGCUUCACAUGGACCUGCAGAGUCUGGCUGAGCUCCAGAGCAGAGGUGUUCCUCACACGAAUGACUCCCCGAAGUACAGCUACAGCCUACAGCACAACGGCACAUAUGUGUUCUCCCCCUGUAGAGCCUCAGUUCUGGCACUGUACUGUAAUCAGUCUCUGGUGUCGGAGGUGUCUGAAGGUCAGCGGUGUGGGAUGGUGCUGGACCAAACCUGCUUCUACGCUGAACAGGGUGGCCAGAUGCACGACCAGGGCUACUUCACCAAGGAUGGACUACAGGACGUGCUGUUCCCUGUAGAGUGUGUGCGCCUGGCUGGUGGUUACGUGGUGCAUGAGAUCACAGCAGCAGAGACUCUGAGAACUGGAGACCAAAUACAGCUUCAUGUGGAUGAGACUCAGCGUCUGGCUUGCAUGGUGAAACAUACGGCCACCCACGUGCUGAACUUUGCCCUCCGGGAGCUGCUGGGUUCAGGUGUCGUUCAGAGAGGAUCCCAUGUCACUGCUGACCGUCUGCGCUUUGACUUCAGUUACAAGGCUUCUCUGAAUGUGUCCCAGCUGCAGGAGGUGGAGAGGAUGGUCCAGGACAUCAUUCACCAGAACGAUGUGGUGCACAUGCAGGAGGUUCCUUUAGCCAGAGCCAAUCAGAUUGCGGGAUUGCGGACAGUAGAUGAGGUGUAUCCGGACCCAGUGAGAGUUGUGUCCGUGGGCGUAGCUGCUUCAGAGCUGCUCAGCAAUCAAAAACACAAACACACCUCAGUGGAGCUCUGCUGUGGCACGCAUUUGCUGCAGACAGGAGGAAUCGGGGACUUUGUUAUUGUGUCCGAGCGACAGAUGGUGAAGGGCAUCAGUCGCAUCAUCGCCGUUACCGGGGAGGACGCCAAACAGGCUCGGGAGGCGGGGCAAGUGCUGCUUCAGGAGGUGGAGGCUCUGACCGCACGAAUCGCAACUGACCACACUCCUUCUUUAGCCACUGCUCAGAGACUCUCCAAAGAGGUCGGCCUGCUGACAGACGCUGUGGAGAGUACUCCUAUCCCACAGUGGCAGAGGAGAGAUCUCCAGACUCGACUCAAGGCUCUACAGAGGAGCAGCAACACAACCAUCAGAAAACUAGAAAUGAAAGAGGCUGCAGCUAAAGCAAAGGAACUGCUGAACAGACACUCAAAUAAAGCUGUUCUGGUGGACACGCUGGAGACGGACUCUAUAUCAGUGGUGAUGAAGACGGUGAAUCAGCUGAGUGAGCGUGCUCCAGACUCUCUGAUCAUGCUGCUCUCUUACCUACAGCCUUCAGGGAGAGUUCUGUGUGCCUGCCAGGUUCCCAAGGGUCAGGCUGCUGUAUCUGCGAGUGAGUGGGCUCUGGCUGUUUGUAGCCGCUUGGGGGGGAACGCAGGUGGCUCAGCAACGGUAGCUAAAGGGGUCGGCACGGCAACCGAUGUCACUGACCUGCUGGAGAUGAUGCACUGGGCUGAAGAGUUCGCCCACAACAAACGCCAGCAGACAACAAACUGAGCUCCACACUAAUAUAACCUCUCACUCUCACACACACACACACACACACACACACACACACACACACACACACACACACACACACACACACACACACACACACACACACACACACACA